AUGGCUGAUGCAAGAAAUAUUAAAGAUGAUAAUGAUGAUAUCAAUGACGCGGCUAGACAAGAAGCAUUCGAGAACAAAGUUACGGAAGUAGCGGAAGGGGUUAUGCAAGCCAAUCUCCCACGAUUGGCUCAAGAAGUAGAAAGCCGAGUUCUGGGGGUUGUGGAUGCUAUGAUGACCAGUAGGUUCGAAGAAUUGAAAGAAUUAAUCGAAGGAUCCAAGGGUAGAGGUAAGGAACGAAGGUGCACUUAUAAGGAUUUUAUGGCAUGCCAUCCGACGACGUAUGACGGCGAAAGAUUGGUGGGAUGCUCACGGCAAGGAAGUAGGCGAAGAUGGACUGCAAGUUAUGCUUGGCAAGAGUUCAAGGGGCCCUUCAUGAAAUAUCAUUGCCCUCAGUCGGCUAUCGACAAGAUUCAGGAGGAUUUCUUACGCCUCCGACAGAAAAACGAAUCAGUAAAUGAAAUAGCAAACACUUUUAUGGACAAGAUGAAAUUCUGUGGGGACUUGGUAACAAUCGAAAGAAUGAAGAUGAAUCGUUUCUAUGGCGUGCUAAAAGCAGAAAUUAGAGAGUUCAUCACCCCCUCGAAAUGUGAAACCCUCGAGGAGCUCAUUAACUUAGCACGGGAUAGAGAGAUCGAGAUUAAAAGGCAAGAAGAGCAAGGUGAAAAGAGACCGAGUGAAAAAGGUGCAAGUUUUAGUCCAUCUAAACAGGGGAAGUUUCAGGAUCAAGGAAGAAAGGGUAAGUCGAAAGGUGGGAUUACACCAUGCAAGACGUGUGGAAAGCUCCAUAUCGGAGAGUGUUUGUUAGGCAAAAAGGGGUGCUUUAAAUGUGGCACGGAGGGGCAUUCGUCUUAUCAGUGCCCGAACAACCCGAAGACUUGUUUCAACUGUUUCGAAAAGGGGCAUAUCAAGUCGGAAUGCCCAAAGCUUCCACAAGAGUCAAAGAAAGAAGAUAAAAAGCAAGAGGGUUCUAGGGCGAAAGGGAGAAUGUUUCAAAUCACAUCUGAAGAAGCCAAGUCCCAGCCAAAUGUGGUCUAA